GGCCACUCCUUGGCAAGAGAGGUAAGGUGCUCUGUGUUUCAUACCUGUAAUUACUGGGAAUCUAGCUCGGGUAGACUUCUACCCAGGAGCCAGCACUUGGACCUAUAUAAGGCACUGAGCUCAAGUCCUUCUGCCUCUCUGCAACUGACCAGUCUUCAGUCAUGAAGCUCUAUUGCCUCCUCCUCACAUUUCUCCUGGUGCUGCUGUCGCCUUUUCCAGCUUUUAUCCAAGCAAUCAACAAUCCAUUCACUUGUUUGAUCAAAGGAGGCAUAUGCUGGGGUCCAUGUUCUAAAGAUUUUCGACAGAUUGGCACUUGUGGCAUUCCUAAAUCCAGGUGCUGCAAGAGAAAAUAAAUAAGAAGACCAAGAACCAGUGAGACAAACAAAGCACCAGAAUUUGUUCCUCCACGAAGGCACACGAUGCUUAAACCAAAUUAAAGUACUUCGUUUAAAUACAAA